AUGCGGGCUCUCCGAGCCGCCUUGCAGCCUUGUAACGGUGAGUUCAGUUCUGUGGACAUUUCAAAGGCACUUGGGGAGCUGACGCUAUCCGACCUGCGCAGCUAUAUUUCUCACAGUGCGCUGAGACUUGGGGUGAAAGACUGUCGCUUUUCUGCCGCCGAUCACGUCAUUAGGCUUGACAAUGUCUUAAAAUUGGGUGGACCCCUCCGCUGGUUCUGCCGCCCCAGUGACAUUCUGGGGUGCAGCACACUUUAUCACUCAAAGGACGCUGUUCUUUGUUGGUUUGUGGUGCCGCCGGGCGGGAUGCUGCCCCUGCACGAUCACCCCGCAAUGCGGGUGUGGCAGCGUGUACUUUUUGGGAGGCUGCACGUGACAUCCAUUGAUUGGCUUAACGGUACUGCUCCUACUGACGAGUCUGACCACACUCCGUGCAGAUGGGAUGGCAUUGUUGUUGGAUCAGGUGCUGUUGCGGCGCAGGUUAAUGCACCAGAUUGUACAUCUCUGGUAAAAUCUUUUGGGCCGAGGGAUGGUGGCGUACUCCAUGAGAUCGUGAAUGAUAGUGCAGAGCCGGCCUUAUUCAUCGACGCCAUUACUCCACCGUACGUGACCCCGCCGCACAACAUAAAGUGCACCUACUACUCGGUCACGCGCAACGGCGGCAGUGACACAGUGUCGUUGGGACCGCAGGGGUGUGAAGGGCUUGAGGUAGGGCAACAUGUUCGCCUGGUGCCACGCACGGAUUACGGCGGGCCGCCGAUGGAGCCCUUUCUGCCGGUGGAGCCGCUGUGGUGA